UCAGAACUGCAGCGCGUGUGCUCCACGUCACUCACUCUCGCUCACUCUCAGUCCAGUGCGCACUACAGAGUGAACACUGAUCCUCGUGCACACUGAGUGACAGGAGAAGCGCGCGCUCGAUCUCAGAUGGAAAAAGCAGCAGCUCCGACGGAAGACGAGAGAAUAACGCUGAGCACACAGUGAAAGAGUCGAGAGUCCCCUGCUAUCACCCAGCCUGUGCCAUCAGCUACAAUGAGUGCCAAAUCAGCCCUCAACAAGGCCAUCUUUAUUCCCAACGAUGAGAGGCUGCUGGCAGCCGUGCAGGUGAAGAGGAGGACGAAGAAGAAGAUCCCGUUUUUAGCUACAGGAGGCCCUGGUGACUACACCACGUUCAUUUGCUUAUCAGUGACCAAUCAGAAGCCAGCGCAGGCGUUCCUCACGAAGGUGAAGCAGUUUGAAGGCUCGUCGUCUUUCGUCAGGAGAUCACAGUGGAGCAUCAGUCAGCUGCGGCAGGUCAACGGCAUCGACUCCGUCCGAGAUUGCCCAGAGUUUGACUUGAUAUUUGAGAAUGGAUCUGACCAGUGGACUGCGGGUUCAGCUGGAGAGAAGUGCAUGUUUGUCCAGAUCCUGCAUCACACGUGUCAGCGGUUCAUCCCCGAAAGAAAACCAGAGUUCAUCAACUGCCCCUCCAAACUGCUGGGAGGGAACAGUGUCCUGCACGAGGCAGCAGACAGUGUGAGCAGCGCGGUGCAGAAGGCCAGUCAGGCGCUGAACGAGCGCGGCGAGAGACUGGGACACGUGGAGGAGAAGACAGGACAGAUGAUGAACAGUGCACAGCAUUUUGCCGACACUGCACACAAGCUUGCCAUGAAGCACAAGUGUUAAGCCUUUGCUGUAUUUUUGGAGAAUCUGGUACAAAGUCCUCUCCCUGAUCACCCUCUGCUAUCAGAGAGCGUUUCUGGACGUGCAUGAAGUAUCAUAUAAAGGACAAGUGUGUAUCUACAAGAAAAGAUCAUGCCUCCUCUACACUUGGAUGGUAUUUGUGGUCAUUGUGAGCCUUAUUUCAGUGUCUCACUCUAUGACAGACAUGUUUUAGCAUUUAAAAUUCCUAAACAAAUAUGUAAAAAAAGCUUCAAAAGCCUGCUGAUAGAUUCUAGAUAGUUUUAACCUAGUGAGUGUUUAAUAAGUUCCAUCAUAAAAGAACUUUAGUGAAAAUAAAAGAUUUAAAUAAAAAAUAAAAAAUCAAUUUUCCUAUCCAAAGGUUUUGAAAAAACUCUAAACUUGUUAUUUUUUUUUUACAUCAUUUCUUUUUUUUUUUUCUCCAAUCUUAAGUCAAAAUAUAUGCAGUUGUUAAAAUAAUCUAAAUUUCUGCUAUGAUUUUUUUCUUGCAUUUUCAUCUUUCGGCUUUUAUAAACAUAUUUGGUGUAACAUGCAUGUUUACAUAAUGUAUGAAUGUACAUAAUGUAACAAUGUAUUGAAGUAAUUUUUUUUUAGAAAUGUAAUCUGGUCAAGUUAAUAUCUGAAGCAUUUUAAACAGAUUUUGCCUUGAGGAACCUGAAAAAAAAAAAAAAAAAAAAAAAAAAGCAUAUGCAAUGUUACUUUCCCAGUUGAUUGUUUGCGAAUAGAUUAUGUGACCAAAGACCAAAGUCUGUAUAGUGUUCAUUUUUGUUACAUAAAUAAUGUAGAUAAUCAUAUCUGUGCAUAAAACCCUGCCUUAAAUUUGCCUUCAGAUGACUGCUUUACUUGGGUCAUCUGUGAGAUGAUUUUAGCUUCUCUUCUGUUAAAUGGCAUGAGCAGUCAUAUGGUUUGUCUUAUGGCUGUUGAGAGCAGCUCUGAUGUACUGAUGUCUGACUGCGUGGCUGGGGAAUACUGCCAGAGACUGGCGUCAUCGUCACAGAAAAACAGAUGAAUUAUGAAACUGUCAUGUGCAUCCCAGGCCUAGAUGUUCAUGUUUUUCAUGUUACGCUUUCAUGAUGAAAAACAAUCCCUGUUUGCAGUUCUCUGACCACAUGUUUGAGAAUGUACAGUAGAAUAGCCUUAUCCUUGUCACUCAGUUGUAAGACACUUUUUUUACUCAAAGGGAAUAUUGAUAUAGUUUUUCCUUUAACACAAUGUGCCUGUGCUACUGUGUGGAAGACUGAACAAUGAAUGAUAAUGAAUGAAGUCAUCACAACUUUUUUGCUCAUUUAGAUGCAAGAAGGCAUAUUUGGGAUUAUGUGAUGGGAAAUGUGCUGUUCUUUCCCCAGCAGCUCACUUCUUGGAGGAGCUUGUUCAGGAGUGUUAGAUUAGGAUUGGAGAGUGGACCUUGAGCUCCAGAGUUGAGGACCCCUGGGCUACAUUAUCCCUCAACAGACUGAUAAAAUCAACCGAAACUGGCAUGUGUUCAGACAAACUCCAGACAGCAGUCACGCCAGAGACGCUCGUUCCCUACUUAGGCAACCAUGUUAUAUCUGUAACACUGAGACAUUUCUUGAGUGUAAUAAAUUGAAUUGUACAAUUCA